ACAAGCUAACUAGCUCAACAGCAAAUGUGAAGUGGCUGGAGUACAGCAGCGAGCUGCCGGCGUUUUACUUAUUUAAACUUCUUUAUUUUUCUACUAUUUGAAUAUUAAAUCGGUUAAUUGAGAAUCGGGGGCGAAAGGAGAGUAUGAGAUAUAUACGGAAACAGAAGAAAUCAGGAUGGAGUGUUGGAGAAUGGUUGUUCCUGAUGGUGGAAGUGUGCUACAACCAGCAGUUAAUGGUCCUACAGACGAGGUGAUGUCCAGUUCAGAGCCGGGAUUCGAUCAGAACCUGACCGGGGUGGAGCUGGGAGAGGUGCGUAAGCUGCAGGAGCUGGUGCGACGUCUGGAGGUCCAGAAUCAAGCACUGCGCAACAGGGGCAACAAACACAUGCUGGGGGGCAACAGCAACCUCACGACGGGAAGUAACAUUAACAACCUCACAGACUCUUCUCCCAGAGCUGAGGAUGCCAGGAGCAUGGAGCUGUCACCUCCUCCGGGGAGCAGCAGCAGUGAGGAGAUGUCUCCACUGCCUGACGCCUCCAGACCGGACGAUGAGGAGGAGCAGGCCGGGUUCUUGAGUCUGCCCUGUGCUUCUGGCUCCAAUCAAACACGGGGACAGUUUGAGACGAGUUUGUCUCCUGAUAGCUGUGAUUCAGAGACACUUGGAGCAAGUGAUGUGGGUAUAGACCACUCCGCUCUGGAUGAGGUGGAUGUGCUGGAUUUGGAGACAUGCACCGAGGCAGAAGAUGAAGACAGCUGGUUGUAUGUGUCGCCAAAGAAGCAGAUGGUGGCAGAACAGGGGCCAGAGUCUCCAUUGAAAUGGUGCAGGAAGGUUCUGGAUCACCCCAGUCCAGAGACUGAAGUUGCUUGUCGGACUCUCAUCAACCGACUAGACCAGACCUCGCGGUGGAAGAACAUGUACAGCAGCUCGUCUCAGGCGGCUGAGGCUGGCAUCUCCACGUCUUCCUCUGCUGGGUACCACAAAUCAACUAACAAAACACUACUAACCUCUGGCAGCUCAGGUUACAUGGGCCAUUCCACUCUCAGCUCACAGUCAUCUGUAGAUAGUGAAUUAAGCACCUCAGACGACUCGAUCUCAAUGGGUUAUAAACUUCAGGAUCUGACAGAUGUUCAAAUAAUGGCUCGUUUGCAGGAAGAGAGUCUCCGUCAGGACUACGCCUCUACCUCUACCUCUGCCUCACGCCGCAGCUCAUCGGCCUCCCUGCAGUCUCUGCGGCGAGGCACCUACAGUGAUCAGGAGUUUGACUCGUACAGUCUGGAGGAUGAGGAGGACGAAUGCUGCUCUCUCCCGCAGCGGCUCCAGCGCUACUCUCCCUCUCCCCGCAGCUCUCCCCGCUGCCUCUCUCCCAGCACACUGGCGGCGUACAGCCGCCUUGCCGCCCCUCGUCCACGCAUGUCACGACGCUCCCUACAGAGCCCAGGAGCCAAGAGUGAGGAGGAACUAAGGCACAGCAUGCCUAACCUGACCCCGCGCACCAGCCUGCGCUCUCUGGAGGCAGUCAGAAACAGCCGCAGCAUGGAGGCUAACUUACAGAGCUCAGGCAACCGCACGUCCCGCCUACCCCACUCCCCCACAGGUGUGUCCUCCACACGGUUGAGAGGUGAUGGCCAGUCUCCUCUCUCCCUCCGGGCUCCCUUGAAAGCUCUCAGUCCUGUAGGCUCUAUGGCUGCAGCGCGGCAGCACAUCAGAGGGCCAUCAGGUGACCAGGCAGCUCCCUCAGUGGGCAUGAGAAGAGUACAGUCCCCGGGACCUUCUAACGGUGCAACAUACUCAGGCUGCAGGAGUGCUGCUGCGGCCAGACAAACGGCAGGAAGAGGCGUGGCACCAGCAUCUCCUUCCUCCAGAGGUAGAAUUCCACAGACACCAAGAAGCAGAUCACUAGGAAUAACCAAACCGUGUGCUCCCAUCCCUGAUGAAUCCUGGAAAGAUGGUUGUUACUGAAAGCCCCCCCGUCCACACAUUGAAAUCCAGUGUGACUGCACUGCCUCAAAAAAAACAUGGUGGGGAACGUCAACACAGAGGCCCUAAAAUACGAGUUGUUAGGAACAAUGGAGGAAGGGAUCUGGCAACACGGUUUACUUCCAGAGACUGCAACAUGAACUGUAACGUUUUGCUCGUUUGUAAAACAUCAAUCCACUUUAUUUUCAUGAAAACUGGGGAAGCUGCUUGAAUAAUAAGUGAAAUGUUUGAUGUCCUGUAAUACAUGUUAUUUGUGUGAAACAAUGUGUGGAAUUUAAUUCCUAGAUUCUUUGGAAUAAUCUGACAUUGAUUUUGCAUGUUUACCUAUUUUUAGAAAUGAAGGAUAUUCUAUGUAAAAUUUUAAAUCUCUGACAAUUUUUAAUUUGAUAAGAGUAGUUGUUUUCUGACAAAAAAUACAUUUUUUUUGUAUGUUCAAGACAGAGCAAUACCUAAGAGUAGUUUUCUCAAAGAAGAGAGAAAAGAAUAAUUUUUAAGUGAUUGAGGUUACAUCAAUGUGCCAAGGUGCAUUACUACUGCAACAUUGUUUCUCAUUUCAAAGUGCAAAGUUCGUACACUACAUCUGGACGUUUGGAUAUGGAUGCCUGUAUAAUCCAGGAAUAAUUGUAUGCACUAAGCCAGUUAAACCAGAAAUAUCUGAGUAUGCAAUGAUAAAUGGAGUGCCUCAGAAAAUCACAAACUGUAAUAAAUUAAUUUUAGCUAUAAAUCUGAAAUGCCUG